AUGUGGGAGAUGGGGACUGGAGAUUCUGCUUCUCGAGUGAUUCUCUGGCUCUGUUUAGGGUUUUUGGUUAUAGGCUUUGGAUUUGUCCAAUGUGGUGUUACUUAUGACCGGAAAGCUCUUCUCAUUAACGGACAGAGACGAAUCCUCUUCUCUGGCUCCAUACAUUACCCACGAAGCACACCCGAUAUGUGGGAAGGUUUGAUUCAGAAGGCGAAAGAUGGAGGAAUUGAUGUGAUUGAGACUUAUGUAUUCUGGAAUCUCCAUGAGCCUUCUCCUGGAAAGUACGAUUUUGGAGGGAGAAAUGAUUUGGUGAGAUUCGUGAAGGCGAUACACAAAGCUGGUUUAUACGCUCAUCUUCGAAUUGGACCUUAUGUUUGUGCUGAGUGGAAUUUCGGAGGAUUCCCUGUUUGGCUAAAGUAUGUUCCUGGAAUCAGCUUCAGAACAGAUAAUGAGCCUUUCAAGAGAGCAAUGAAAGGAUUCACAGAGAGAAUAGUUGAGCUGAUGAAGAGUGAGAACUUGUUUGAGUCUCAGGGUGGUCCCAUUAUCCUCUCUCAGAUUGAGAAUGAGUAUGGAAGACAAGGGCAGAUGCUGGGAGCAGAAGGUCACAACUACAUGACGUGGGCUGCUAAAAUGGCUGUAGAAACUGAUACUGGUGUCCCGUGGGUUAUGUGCAAAGAAGACGAUGCCCCUGACCCUGUGAUUAACACAUGCAACGGUUUCUACUGUGAUUCGUUUGCUCCUAACAAGCCAUACAAGCCUACGAUAUGGACAGAGGCAUGGAGCGGAUGGUUUACCGAGUUCGGUGGACCAAUGCACCAUAGACCAGUUCAGGAUCUUGCGUUUGCGGUUGCACGUUUCAUACAAAAAGGAGGAUCCUUUGUUAACUACUACAUGUAUCAUGGAGGAACUAACUUUGGAAGAACAGCCGGAGGUCCAUUUGUCACCACUAGCUAUGAUUAUGAUGCUCCAAUCGAUGAAUAUGGUUUAAUCAGACAACCUAAAUAUGGUCACCUAAAGGAGCUCCACAGAGCUAUCAAGAUGUGUGAGAAAGCUCUGGUUUCAACUGACCCUGUUGUUACCUCAUUAGGAAACAAGCAACAGGCUCAUGUAUACACUUCAGAAUCAGGAGAUUGUUCAGCUUUCCUUGCAAACUAUGAUACUGAAUCGGCAGCUAAAGUUUUGUUUAACAACGUUCAUUAUAACUUACCUCCUUGGUCGAUCAGCAUUCUUCCUGACUGUAGAAAUGCAGUCUUCAAUACCGCAAAGGUUGGAGUUCAAACAUCAAAGAUGGAAAUGUUGCCGACAAGCACGAAGAAUUUCCAGUGGCAGAGUUAUUUGGAAGAUCUUUCUUCUCUAGAUGACAGCUCCACAUUCACCACUCACGGACUCUUGGAGCAGAUAAAUGUCACGCGUGACACAAGCGACUAUCUUUGGUACAUGACCAGUGUUGAUGUUGGCUCAACUGAAUCAUUUUUGCAUGGAGGAGAGCUACCAACUCUCAUCAUUCAAUCUACAGGCCAUGCCGUGCAUAUAUUCGUCAAUGGACAGCUUUCAGGUUCUGCGUUUGGAACAAGGCAAAACAGGAGGUUCACUUAUAACGGAAAAAUCAAUCUGCAUUCUGGAACUAACAAAAUUGCGUUGCUGAGUGUUGCUGUUGGAUUACCAAAUGUGGGUGGACACUUUGAGUCAUGGAACACUGGAAUCUUGGGUCCUGUGGCGUUGCAUGGGUUGAGUCAAGGGAAAUUGGAUUUGUCAUGGCAAAAGUGGACAUACCAGGUUGGGUUGAAAGGUGAAGCUAUGAAUCUUGCAUAUCCAACCAACACUCCCUCUUUCGAGUGGAUGGAUGCGUCUUUAACUGAACAAAAGCCUCAGCCUUUGACAUGGCACAAGACUUACUUUGAUGCACCUGAAGGAGACGAGCCGCUUGCUUUAGACAUGGAAGGAAUGGGAAAGGGUCAGAUUUGGGUGAAUGGGGAGAGCAUUGGGAGAUACUGGACAGCAUUUGCAACUGGUGACUGUAGUCAUUGCAGCUACACAGGAACAUACAAACCGAACAAGUGCCAAACCGGGUGUGGCCAGCCUACACAAAAAUGGUACCAUGUGCCGAGAUCAUGGUUAAAGCCGAGCCAGAAUCUCUUGGUGAUAUUCGAGGAGCUUGGUGGAAACCCAUCAACUGUAUCUUUGGUGAAAAGAUCUGUAUCCGGAGUCUGUGCUGAAGUUUCUGAAUACCAUCCGAAUAUCAAGAACUGGCAAAUCGAGAGCUACGGGAAAGGACAGACGUUUCAUAGACCUAAGGUUCAUUUGAAAUGUAGUCCUGGUCAAGCAAUCUCAGCUAUCAAAUUUGCAAGCUUUGGGACUCCUUUGGGAACAUGCGGGAGUUACCAACAAGGAGAGUGUCAUGCAGAUACCUCAUACGCUAUCUUAGAGAGGAAGUGUGUAGGGAAAGCGAGAUGUGCAGUGACGAUAUCCAACAGUAAUUUCGGUAAAGACCCGUGUCCUAAUGUGCUGAAACGGUUGACGGUUGAAGCAGUUUGUGCCCCAGAGACAUCCGUUACCAAUUGGAAACCUUGA